GCCGGCGAGCUGGUGUUGGCCGACGGGGCCGCGGAGGCGCCGCCGCGCUGUCUGGAGAGCCGCCGAGGAGACCAGGCAGACCAGCAACAACGAGCUGGCGGACCAGUGCGAGGCAGCGACAGCGGUUCGCUUGGCGUACUCCCCCGACGCACAGUACCGGGGGCCAGGCGAGCGUGUGCAUGGACUCCGCGUCGCCCGCCGUCUCGGAGCGGGAGGGCGAAGCGUGCAAGUUCAACGCCGGUUCGGUGGACGCGGUCACCGAGUGCGACGAGGUGGAUGUCACGUAGCGCCUUGUGGAGGUGAUGUCGCAGGACCGCGAUGACGCGAAGGCGCUGGCGGAGGCGCUUGCAGAAGAGCUGAUGGAGGCCAAGUUGCGGCUGCGGCUGUCUGCCCGCAGCUCGCCAUCCUUAGGGAGAUGCUGGUGGCAAGCGGCCUUGCGGGUGGUGAGCGACUGGCACCUCUCCCGCCUAUACCUGCGUUGAUGGCUGAGACGUGCGUGCAGACGGAAGAAGCGGAGUGGGCGACCAUGGUCGUGCAUAAGAAGGGCGUGUUCAUGGACAAACGCGGCUCGGAGGCCCUCGUCGAGAGCGCGGACGACACCGAGUGGCAGGUUGACAAGGGCCUCGGUGCGCUCACAGAUUUGGUGGACAGGCUGGAGGGCCUGCGCAGGAUGGGGGACCUGAAGAACCUGUACAAGUGCUAGUGCGUCCCGAAGGGCCUCUUUGUGAAGGACGGCACCAAUAAGCAGAUGACCGAGUGCAUCGGCGUUCUGACAUGACAGAUUUGGUGAACAAGCUGGAGGACCAGCAGAACUUGUACAAGUGCAAGUGCGGCUUGGAGGGCAUCUUCGGACACGCGGACGACGCCGCGUGGCAGAUGGCCGAGGGCCUCGGGGUGAUCACGGUGAGCAUCGGGAAAAGUAUCGAGGUUCGCAAGGACAAGAACACGGAUGAGAAGGAGGAGGUUCGACGCGAAGGAUGUGGCGCCGAUCGAAGCGCAGCACGGCCUCGAGGAGGAACAGAUGGAGGACGUGGAGGAGAAGAUCUUCCCCCGGGAGGGAGCCUGGCGGCCGCUGGCGGCCUCGACAGCGAGCCGCAGGCGGACCGCAGCCCUUCUCCGUGGCCCCGACGGAGAGCAGGCGACGUCCGAGGUUACGAGGCCGUCGGGACGUCCUUCGACGACGUGGAGGCGGAGAAGGAGCGAAAGAAAGCUGGGAUCCCCGCUCACAUCCGCCAGCGUGAGAUAAUGGCUGAGUGCGCUGGAGUGCUGAGGCCCAAGUGGCUCGAUGGACCCGCGGCGCGGGGUGCGCAGCCUGCUUUCCCUCCCCCUCUGCCUGCAUGGUGCGCGCGUUAGUUGGCUGCGUCGUUGCGGCGACGUGUGGGCGGUUUGGACGGGAUAGCUGGCGGUAGAGUGGACUUGGGGUGGACG